UUGGGCACAUGCUACCUCUUUUCCCUCUCCUGCAAUAUGCUCUCUUUGAGCCUUCCCAAAUAGAAUAAACCCAGUGUUUGGAACCCUUCCCUCUUUUUAUAUCCUUACACCCAAACGACAUACAUGAUUUGAUUACACUUCCCGGAGGUAUCUGUCAAGCCAAGAGAAAAGAGAAUUAAUACCAUGCACAAGCCUCAAAGAGACAGCUUUGUCAUACAAGUAAGAGGCAGUAGUAUUUAUUCUGAAGCCCUUAGUGACCAGGCCCCUCAAGCUAGUAAGUUUAAUUUCUCUGCCAUGAAGCUUUUCAAUCGCUUCAGGAAAAUUCUCAUGCGACUCGUGUUUUCGAGUCCAACUACGUCAAGCAUGGCUUCAAAGCAAAGAAGUUGUGAGAGAUUUGAUCCACCAAAGACUUCAUGUAGCUCUUACUACUCGUCUAACUCACAUUAUAGUGAGGCUAUUGCUGAUUGCAUUGAGUUCUUCAACAAGUCAUCUCAGGAAGGGAUUUUAGAUGGUCGAAAAUCUGAUGUUUGGGUUUGAUUAUGUUUCAUGAUGAUUACUUUAAUCACUUUCUUGCUUGGAUUUUAUUUGUUCUUCCUUUGAUAUAUAAUAUACACGGUGGAUACAAGAGUUAGGCAUGCUGUUCUUGUUGGUUCUGUCAAGCACUUCUCUUCCCUGUUCUUUGUGGGCAACGUUUUGAUGGUUGUGCUAUGUUGUAAAUCAAUAAUUUUGAGCUUGAUAUGGAGAAUUUCCUUUUCUUUUUC